AUGGACCAGUCCACGGGAUUCAUGCCUUUGGUCUGCGAGUCAGCUAGCGAAAGCAGUGAAGAUGAUCAGGCAGGCCCGUGCUUAGCCCCUGGCGCCGCUUGUUCUUGCGUGGAAGGUGACCUUUCACAUGAUGACAUGAGAAAGCUAGCUGCCAAGUUCGAGCACGAGUGUCUCACAAAAGAUGGCUUGUUCCCGAAGUAUGACAGGCGGGAAUACAAGGACGACAAGCUUGCAAAGCAGGAUUCUGUAGACUGCUCCAGGGCCAUCAAGGUUUAUGUGGACAUGAGACCGCAGGAGUUAAAACGAAUUGAUGACGAGAACGAGCAAUUCGGCCUCGUUUUUGUCCUGAAGCUUUGGUGGCGCGACCCGAGAUUAAAGAACUUCAAGGCCCAACUCUGCAUCGAGAAAGAAGCACCGAAUACAGCUCCAUUUCUUGAAGAGAUCGACGUGGUGGUGCGGGAACUUCAUGAAGAUGGCACCUUGGUGUUUGAAGAUUUCCAGAAGCUCGGCUCUCGGCAGACUCGCAAGAAGCACGAGUAUGUGUCCAUCAGCCCGCCAAAGUGGGAGAACCACUUCUUCCCCAAGCACACGUUUAUCAAUCAGGUGGACGCUGAAGCACAGGGGGGCAUCCACAUCGCGGAACGACAACUGCUAUGGUGCAAUGAGGCUGGUGGCGUUGUGGAGUACAAGGCGAAGUACGACAGGGUUUUUGAAGAGACCUUGGAACUCAAGGAAUUUCCCAUGGACCGCCAGCUGUGUCGAGUGAAGCUGACAGCAGAGUCACCGGUAAGCGAUUUUCAGUUCAUUGCAAUCGACACCUGCCGGCGUCUAUCAAAAGUCACGGAUAUGUGGGAGACAAGCAAAGAGGAAGACCAUCCUGAGUGCAUUGUUUAUGUCCGACAUGUGGACCGCAUUCUCCCCAGCAGCAACAUGAUCCAACGGUCGCUGGUCAAUAUGGUUCUGCAUGUGCGGCGCAAGCCGGACUUCUUUUACCACAGCGUGUGGCUGAUGGUUGCACUCAUCAACGGCAUUAGCCUCUGCUCCUUUGCCAUUCGUCCAAGCCACCACUCUGGCCGUUUAAGUUACCUGAGUACAUGCUUCUUGGCGGUCCUUGCGUACCGCUACAUCAUCAACGACUCUCUACCCAAGAAGUCGUAUACCACGUACGCGGACCAGUACAUCAUCUCUGCCUGCGCGUUUCAAGCUGUGCUGUGUUUGUGGUCUAGCAUCCUCAUGUUUUGCUGGCGUGUUUCAGAGGAUCAAGAUGAGCACUUGGACCCCGACACGCGUGGAAGGAUUGUAGCGGCUGAUGUCGCCGCCCUAGGCCUUGCCACGUUUGCGUUCAUUCUUUUGAACUGCCAGCUCCUGUCUUGGUGGAGGAUCGCGAGGUUCCAUAGCUGGCAGGAAGUAUACGAAAGAACCACCAACAAAGAGCCGUACUUUCCGGUCGACGAGUGCAAGAGCUGUGGGGGCACCUUCCUGAGCCAGCAACACUGCCAUGCAGACCCUAACAAGCGUUGUCAGAACUCGGACUGCAAGCAGCAGAAUAUCCAUACACACUACCUCACACCAAAGAACGUCCCUGAGGACAUGAGAAGCGCCCUCCUGCCUUCGCUUAAGGAUCGUUUGAAGAGACAUGGGCCUGCCGACGAAGUCGAAGAAUAUCUGGCAGCCCACGCUUGA